UGUGUUUUGAACGAGACAAAUAAAUACUUGUGGCGUCUCGCUCGUCUCUGCAGUGAGCUUAUUAAGGCAGCAGAUGGAGGACAGAUCUCUUUGGAUUGGUUUGACAACGACGACAGCCUCUCUCAUCCCGACCCCGCCACCAGACCCACAGUCCUCCUUCUCCCCGGUCUGACCGGCACCAGCCGAGAGUCCUACAUCCUGCACAUGGUCCAACAGAGCCGGGAUCUAGGCUAUAGAUGCGUGGUAUUCAACAACAGAGGGGUUUCCGGUGAAACGCUGCUGACGCCGAGGACCUACUGCGCAGCGAACACAGAGGACCUGGAGACUGUUAUCGAGCACAUCCAGAGGACUCAUGAAGCUGCUCCAGUCAUGGCUGCUGGAGUGUCAAUGGGCGGGAUGAUGCUGGCCAACUAUUUAGGGCGCAAGGGUCGAAAGACCUGUCUGAAAGGGGUCGUCGUCUUCUCAGCAGGCUGGGAUGUGUUUGAGUGCACCGCUUCACUGGAAAAACCCCUGGACCGCUUCCUCUUCAACUCCUACCUCACCAGCUGCCUACAAGCCUCUGUGGACAGACACAGACCGGUGCUUGAAAAGUGUUACGACAUCGAUCAUGUCAUGAAGGCGAAGACCAUUCGUGAGUUUGACGAGAGGUUUACCUCCAUAAUGUUUGGUUAUUCCUCCAAUGAUGACUACUACCAUGAUGCUAGUCCUGUCCACAGGCUGAAGUCUGUGCAGGUGCCUAUGCUGUGUUUGAAUGCUGCUGAUGAUGUCUUUUCCCCGUCUCACGCCAUUCCAGUUGAGGCAGUGAAGCAAAAUCCCAACCUGGCCCUGCUCAUUACCUGUCACGGCGGCCAUAUUGGUUUCCUCGAGGGCCUGUGGCCUCGACAGAGCACUUACAUGGACCGAGUCUUCAAGCAGUUUGCUAAGGCGGUCAUCGAACAAGGCACCGGACUCCAAGACCUCUCCUGAUAAGAGAACUUGACAAAACACCCCUCUAGUUUCUCAUUUCCUUCCUUCCUUUAAUCUUUUCUUUCAUUUUUGUCAUCCAUCUUUUCUCACUGCAUUCCAUUUUUAUUCCAUCCUUCCUUGUUUUUCUUUCUACCUUCCUUCCUUCGACCUUUUUUUUAAACCUCUUUCACCCUUCAACCCCUUCUUUCUGUAUUCCAUCCAUCCUUUAUUCCUUCCCUCUCUACCUAAACCUAUUCUUCCUAUUUCCUUCCUUCCAUUGACUUUUUGUUUUUAUCUUUUCCUUCCAUCCUUCCGUCCCAUUCUUCCUCCUGCCACGAGCAAAAAAACAACAUUUGAAGAGUACAUUUGAAUGCAACAAUGGGGUUGCAUUCAAUAUUCAUUUAUUCAUUCCAUGCAGUUAACAAGUAAUUGUAUAUAACGCUCUCAGUGGUAUGCUUACUAAAAAAGAAACAAGCAUAGCUGUUCAUGUCACUGUUGAAAAAAUGAAUCUGUGCCCAUCUUGUUCAGUUGCUUUAGAUAGCUAACAAAUUACUAUUAUUCAAGUAUUGUACAUGAAAAUCCAAUCAUCUUUGUUCAUGAACCUUUAGUACUUAUAUCAGUAGGAUUUUAGCCCUCAGGGAUUGUCUUUAUUUACUCAUACUUCCUGUGUAAAUUUGUUUUGUCAAUCAUCCUUUAGUUUGCAUUUUCCCUGUUAAAAGGUAGACGUUAUUGUCAUAUGGUUGUUUCUUUUCUUUGUAAUUAAUAGUUUGACAUCAAAUUUGCUUAUUUGCUUUCUUGCGGAGAAUUAGAGGAGAAAAUAGAAUCCAGUUCAUUAAAUAUAAAGCUACAGCCAGCAGCUGAUUAGCUUAGCGUAGCAUAAAGACUGGAAGCGCGGGGGAAACAGCUAGCCUGGCUCGAUUCAAGGUGACAAAUCCCAGCGAUGUGAGGCAGGCAGAUUUUUUAGAUCCCUGCUUGCAGUCUUUACGCUAAGCUAAGUUAACCGUCUGUCUCAUAUUUAACGCACAGACAUGAGAGUGGUGUCGAUCUUCUCUUCGCGAGAAAGCAACUGAGCGUAUUGCCAUGUCAACAUUUUCCUUCCUUUUAACCUUCUGCAUGCACUUUUAUUUUUGCACAUUCUACCUUUACGCACACCAAAUAGUUCUACAAAUGUAUAAUAUGGAGAAUAAUUCAUUAAUGACAAGGAAUGUGAAAUUGCACUAUUUUAGUUGAUAUUACCAUGCCUCUAACUCCUUAAUGCAAGGCACUUCAUUUCAUUUGAUAAAUGAAAGAACACCCCAAAGGCCGAACAAAGCAGUAUAUGAAUUCCAUGAGGUUUCUUUGUAAAAAACAAAACAAAACAACAGUCGGUGGUUAGUUGUGUAAGUAAGUCUGAGGGUGCUAGAUACAGUAAUGUGAAUGAAGUAAAGCACCCAGAGAGACGGAUAAUGUACAUAUGGGCUGUUUGAAGUGGUGGAUGUUCCUUUACAAGAUGCAUAGUAUCGUUAAUGGAACCUGGUUGUCAGUCGUUUAUCGGUUUCGUUUCGCCAACAAUGAUCAAGGGGCUGGCUACCGCGUAUGAGUUGGCAGUCGAUGAAUCGAUCAAAUCUGACCGGCGGCCAGACUUUCAGUAAUGCACUGCAUGAGGGAUUUUGACUUCCUGUUCCUGUGGAAUUUUGAUGUCUGUUUGUUUUGCCAAGUUGUCCAUUGAGUAAGCAUGUGUCUCAUCGUCAUGUCCUAAACCGUAACAUCAUUUCUGUAGCACAAAGGACAUGUUUUUUUUGUUUUUUUAUAGGCUGCUGCAUUUCAUUUUGUACACUACUUAAAAAGAAGAAGAAAAACAUUCUGUCUAACGUGUGUGCAGCAAUAAGAUUAAAACAUUAAAGAAAAUAGUCUCUAUAGCAUAAUUACAAGUAUAUGCACAAUAUCACCAUGAGUGUAUAAUGCUGUAUUUAAUACAUUAUUAAACAGAGUAUAGGUCCA